AUUGUGACCUGAUCCAUAGCUGCGGCUUCUAUUCACUGCUGGGGCCUUUGACCUCUUCUAGAUAACCAGCGAGUUUCCCUCACUUCCGGUACUGCGGGUGUAGAAAGAUGGCGGCGCCCGCAAGAGGAACUGGUACUAGUGAGAAAGUUCUGCGGCUCCUGGCCCUGCACGGCUACUGGCAGAACGAACACAGCUUCCGGGAGAGGACGGGAGCCCUGAGGAAAAACCUGAAAAACCGGGCGGAGAUCGUCAUGGUCAGCGCCCCCCUGUGUAUCCCGGAGCCGGAAGGAGGUGGUCAAAGAGAAGACCCCAGAGGCUGGUGGUUCUCCGACCCUGGGAAGAGUGGUUUUAAUGCCAUGGAUGAGACCAAGUCAUGUGCCGGCUUAGAGGAGUCCCUGGACACCGUGGCCAAGGCGUUUUCUGAACUUGGACCUUUUGAUGGCAUUUUAGGUUACAGCCAAGGAGCUGCUUUUGCAGCCAUGCUGUGCGCCCUAAAGCAGCAGGGAGAUCCUCGCUUCCAGUUCAACUUUGCUAUACUGGUUGCUGGUUUCAAAAGCCGAGCACAUGAACAUGCACAUUUCUACAAAGAGCCCAUCACUGUUCCGUCACUUCAUGUGUUUGGUGACACCGAUCGUGUCAUCCCUGGAGAUAUGAGCCAAGAUCUAGCCGCCCAUUUCAUAGACCCGGUUUUGCUGACGCAUCCAGGAGGACACUACAUCCCAGUGUGCGCAGCUCAGAAGAAAGUCUACUUUCCAUUCUUAGACUCUUUCAGAAAAUAAAGCAAAGGUUUGAUAUUUGAAUGUGAUCAGGGGGACAAGUAAAAUGGCGCCUGUUUCUGUAUUGUGCUGCUCGGAAUAACACAAGGACUGUGAAACACAUUAACCUGUUCUGGGCUGCAGGAUCUUGUAAUGACUUGAUUUUACCUAUGGAAAUUAUUAUGUACUCCAGGCAUUUCUAUGUUAUGUGUUUAACUUGUUAGCGUUCUGAAUCCAUCCAUCUGGCCCCAGGAUCUGCAGCUUCACAUACAGGGAUGGCCAAGCUUCAGACAUUAUCACAUCUAUCAUAGGGACGGCUCCACUAGUAAAUGUAAUUCCCGUCCCCAUCCCCUCCCCUUAAAAAGCUGAUUUAAAGGUUCAUUUCCCCUCGGCAAUUAAAAAACUGAAUGUUAAAUGUCAGCUGUGUACAAACCACUGAUGUGAAAAAUUAUAGUUCAUUUGUAAUGGACUGCUGUGUUAACCUGUUCAGCACCAAAGGGUCACAAGGCAGCUCAGGUAACAUUUCUUUCUGCUUCUUCAGGAAAGUGAUUUUUCCAGAUUUUCAAUGCAUUUUAGAUCCUAGAAAAUAUAGAAGAGCACUGUACUAAUGUCUAACCAAUGAAUUAAAAAAAGAAGAGAAUUAGAGUGAUGUUAUUGUUGUCAGCCAAGCACAUAGUGAAAACACCAAUAUGUUUCAAUUCCAAUAAAUCACUAAAGGAGUCGUCUGGAAUUUUCAUGUUCCGUAAUUUUCAUGUUCCGUAACUUAAUUUCAAUUCUAUGGAGCUUAAAGAGUAUCCAUAGAGCACCAUCUGUAUUUUUUUUAUGUCCCUACCUAUUGCUAAACUAUCCCCCUCCCUGCCUUUAAAAAAAAAUGUUUGCUACCUUGUAAAUGUCUCAUCUUCUGCUCUUCUCCCUAGCUCUGCCAGAAGCCGACUUCCCCAGCAGGAGCGACGUCACUGACGGCUGCUGGGCGCCGACUUCCGCCCUCACUUCAUCUAUGCUGCGCUCCUAUUGGAAGCGUGCAUAGAUGAUCAGCGAAUCGCACGGCAGGCUGCUCUGGGGUCUCCUCCUCCCUGUUUAGCAGUGUAGUGUUAUCCAGGGAGGAGGAGUAUAGGAGCAUCGCUCACCUGCCGUGCUCACCGCCGAGACCCGGGACCGAAACAAAGUACGGGUAAGUGAAAUAAGAUCUCACUUACUCGUACAGGACAUGUAUAGUCCGGGAGCAUCAGUGCAGCACUGAGAUUCAGUGCCGCGCUGCCUCCAGACUGUACAUGCCGGGGCCAGGCAGCUGCGAGGCCAGGCAGCCAAUGAGGCAGC